ACGAGACAAAACAUCAUCAUCCCUAGACCAGCUCUGAAGCUACACUUCGUGGCAGAUAUGAGCAUACCAGACGUGUCGAGCUAUACUGCUCGUCUCGAAGCCUUCCAGAAAAGCGAUGAAGAGAGAAACGCACUAUUCAAAGAUCUGGUGGACCAGUACAAACAGCUAAAGGAACGAUACGACGAGAAGCAAGGCGAUUACGACAACGAACUGGCAUCGCGUCGGAUGUGGCAGCAGCGCGCUUCCGCGAGUGAGCAGGCCCUCACUGUUCAGAAGCAAGUUUCGUCAUCACACAACUUCGUCGUAGUCCUCGUCGAUGGAGACGGAGCUAUCUUUCAAGACUAUCUACUAUCCAUGGGCAAAGAGGGUGGCGCCGAAGCUGCGCACCAACUUUACACGACUAUUAAAGAGGAGGUGAAGGCCAAGUACCCAGACGCCAUAUCCGACUGGAGCAUUGUGGUUCAAGUCGUGCUUAACUUACAAGGUCUGGCCAUGAAGCUCGCGAGCUGCGGCAUCAUCUCCAGCCCUACUGAAUUGGUUUCCUUUGGACGCGCAUUUGGCCUGGCGCAACCUCUGUUCUCCUUUGUGGAUGUGGGUGUUGGCAAGGAGAGAGCCGAUCACAAGAUCCGCGAAACCCUCCGCUUGUACCUCCCUAUCGCGCAAUGCAAGCACAUCUUCUUCGCACCCUGCCACGACAACGGAUAUCUCCCGGUCUUCGAGUCCUACCGACGUGACCCUCGUCUGACUUUGAUCGAAACCAGACCAGCAGAAUGGGGCUUCCGCGAACUGGGCAUCGAAAUCAAAAGCUUCCCCAAAAUCUUCCGCACCGUCGAUCUGCCCUCCGGCGGUCGAAUGCCACCACCAGGUCUACCCGCCAGCCCAGCGCCACCCGUGCGCGCACCCACGAUCCC